AUGAGAUUCCCUCACACAAGAGGAAAGGUGAUUGGUCUAGCCUAUGGCAAGCACGUGAAAAAACAACCAAAGUCAAGAGCCAUUCACCCUGAGUUCACCAAACUAUGUGGCAUUUGCUGUUCUGUGAUUCUCACCAGGAUGAGUGCAGAUGAGCAGCUGGCACGUUAUUCCUGUCAUGUCGAAUUUCAGUCUCUUGGUCUAGAAGGAGUGAACGAGGAGUUAACAAUGAAACUGGGUCAUAUUUCUUCUGGAAACCUUUCUCCUGAUGGCAGAGUUAUUGGUGAUCAUGGAAAGGAAGCAAGAUCCCUUUUCCUUCAUGAGAGUGUUAUGUGUGGAGCUGGUGAGAAGCACAUUUCAUACCUUGCAGCUAUUGAAGUUUGUCUCCCAGCCUUGGCCCUUCUGUCGAAACGGGCCAUGCAGUUUGGAUCUAGAAUUGCAAAACUAGAGAAAAUCAACGAGAAGGGAUCUGAUAAGUGCAGAAGGCUCCAAAUCCUACCUUAG